UCGAUGCAUCGAUUUACUCACAUUUUUAAGGUGUUUUAAAAGCGUGAAAAAAACGCCUAAAACAAGUUAAAACGGCCAGAUAACACAAAUUAAAGUAGUUUAAUACAUACCGCUGGCAUAGUUGACGACGUUAGCAUACCGGGACGCGGACAGGAACAGAAAGCAUCAGCGACAAAGAGUGUGUGUUAUUGAACAACAGCAGAGGCCGAGGCUGAGCGAGAGCCAAAGAACGAGAGAGAGGGUGCUGCGUGCGUGAGUGUAUGUGUAUAUGUUUGUGUGACUGUGUGGGUAGCAGUUGUGGCUGUGGAGCAGCGGCGACGACGAAGACGAGGGACAGCGGCAACGGCAGCGGAUUUUGUAGGAGCAAACAGCAGAGGCCAUAACGAUUCAACGAUUUUAAAGCAAACAGUUGAAAUAAACAAUUGAGCUCAAGUCAACUAAAGCAGGCCAGCGACAGCAGCAGCAGCAGCAACAAGAACAACAGCAGUUCAAGCUGCUUUUGUAAGCAAUCAACGACGACCGCGCCCUAAUGUCAAAUAGCCAAGUGAAUGCCGGUAGCAGUGGUAGCGUCGUGGAUGAAUCGAAUCCUAAUCCGAAUCAAAAUACAAUUAACUCGCCAGCUGGUAACGGCACCGGCACCACCAACGUCGCCAAUGUGACGGCGGCAGCAACUCAAGCGCAGCCAGCGUCCACAGCUGCAGCUGGAGCAGCACCGCCGCCGCAUAUAGUGGGUGCUUCCAACGCAAGCAAUGUCAACACCACCACCACAACAACAACAACAACAGUAUCAACGGCAACUGUUGGUGAUGGUAGUGGCAAUGCUGGCGUAACCAAUUUAGCUGUAGACUCAUCGCCACGUGAGUCCGGCGAUGAUUCUGAAGAUGAAAGCGAAAUAUUGGAGGAGUCGCCAUGUGGACGCUGGCUAAAGCGACGCGAGGAGGUCGAUCAACGCGAUGUGCCUGGCAUAGACUGUGUACAUCUGGCCAUGGACACCGAGGAGGGCGUUGAGGUCGUUUGGAACGAGGUGCAAUAUGCGCAGCUGCAGGAGCUCAAAACGCAAGAGGACAAAAUGCGUCAAGUGUUUGACAAUCUGCUACAAUUGGAUCAUCAAAAUAUUGUUAAGUUCCAUCGAUAUUGGACGGACACACAGCAGGCGGAGCGGCCAAGAGUUAUAUUCAUUACGGAGUACAUGUCAUCCGGUUCGCUGAAACAGUUCCUCAAGCGCACCAAGCGCAAUGCCAAGCGAUUGCCGCUUGAGUCAUGGCGCCGCUGGUGCACACAGAUACUGUCCGCGCUCAGUUAUUUGCAUUCCUGCUCGCCGCCCAUCAUACAUGGCAAUCUAACCUGUGAUAGUAUUUUCAUACAGCACAAUGGUCUGGUCAAGAUCGGCUCUGUGGUACCAGAUGCGGUGCAUUAUAGUGUACGACGCCAGCAUCUGAAUCAGCCAGAAAGCGAGCGCGUGCGUGAGCGUGAUAACGAACGUGUUGGACAUUAUUUUCAAGCGCCGGAAUACGGUGCCGCCGAGCAGCUGACCGCCGCAAUUGAUAUCUAUGCGUUUGGCAUGUGCGCUUUGGAGAUGGCCGCACUUGAAAUACAGCCGCAGUGCAGCAACAGUGAAUCGACUGCCAUCAACGAGGAGACUAUAUUGCGCACAAUCAAUAGUCUGGACAAUGAUUUGCAACGUGAUCUAAUAUUAAAGUGUCUAAACCCCAAUCCACAAGAUCGUCCAAGUGCCAGUGAUUUGUUAUUUCAUCCACUGCUCUUUGAGGUGCAUGCACUCAAAUUGCUGGCGGCCCAUUGUUUGGUCUUCUCGCCCGCGAAUCGAACCAUGUUCUCGGAGACAGCUUUCGAUGGGCUGAUGCAGCGCUAUAAUCAUCCGGACGUGAUUAUGGCGCAGCUCAAAAUGUCUGGCGGCAAUGAGCGCCAGUUCCGAUUGUCCGACGUGCCCGGCGCUGAUAAGCUGGAAAAAUUUGUUGAAGAUGUUAAGUAUGGUGUGUAUCCUUUGAUUACGUACAGCGGCAAGAAGCCGCCACAUUUUCGUUCACGUGCUGCUUCGCCCGAGCGCGCUGACUCGGUUAAAUCAGCCACCCCAGAACCCGUGGACACUGAAUCGCGUCGUAUUGUCAACAUGAUGUGCAGCGUCAAGAAGCUGAAAGAGGAUAGCAACGAUAUACUGAUGACAAUAUUACUGCGUAUGGAUGACAAAAUGAACCGACAGCUAACGUGCCAGGUGAACGAAGAGGAUACGGCUGCGGAUUUGACUAGCGAGCUGGUUCGACUUGGCUUUGUGCAUCUGGAUGAUCAGGAUAAAAUUCAAGCGCUGCUGGAGGAGACGCUGCGCGCCGGCGUGCUAAGCGACGGUGCUGGUGCUGAGAGUUCAGGUGCUGGUGUGACCACAACGGCUACAAUGGCUGCAUUGGAGCAACUGGAACGCAGCUGGUCCAUUUCGGAUGCGGACAAAACAAUGACCAGCAGCAUGGCGGUCAAUAGUAGUUCGCCUGGGACGGCUGUGAUGUAUGUGCCACAGGAACAGGCGGAUGUUGAGCCCACAGCGCUCCACAAUAGCAACAGUCAUAACAUUUGAAGCAGAAGGCAAUGAUGGAGCACGUGCAUUGUUUUUAUUAAUGGCGAAGAAAACACAAAAAGAAAAAAAGAAAAUUACACACUACGAUUUUAAUGCUACGAUUAAUUUUGUUAUUUUUAUAUACCUGUAUAUGUAUAUGUAUUGCAUGUGGU